AUGACUCAAAACAUGGCGCCAGUCGGCUGGGCGAUGGGGGCGGACCUGUACACUGGAUGGCCUGGCUUCUCCACCAGCAGCAGCGACAAGAAAGUCGAGCGGUCGCUCAAGAAGGGCAUCAGGACCCAGGAGCAUGUGCGCAUGGCGUUUGGGAGCAAGCGGUCCCACGACGAGGUCUUCCGCCGGCGCGUGCUCAACGCCUACCUCGACACUAAGUUUUGGCAAAACGAGGACCGGGGCAAGCUGGUGCGCAAGCUCAACCGCCUCGAGUGCCAUCCCACCAUCACAUCAUCAGCCACCCCUGAGACCUGCCUGACAAUUCAGUACCCGCAGUUCCGGGAGACUUUUGCAGCAGUGCGAAACGCGUGGGAUCUCCCCGACUCGACCGUCCUGCCCCCGAGGAAGAAACCAUCCGAGACAGCAGGCGCAGAGGACGACACGGCGACGCCCACCAUGCCAGAGCACGCCCAUGGCGGCGGGGCCGAGACGCCAGCGUUUGACCUGCACAAAUUCCCCGGGGUGCCGAAGACUGUGCCGGAGAGUUUACACCGGCGAAGCCUGAGCAUCUCGACGGCGUCAACGUCGACGGGGUCCGACUUGUCCUCCCCGGCGACACGGCACGCGGCGAUGUUGUCUGUGCUCGACAUCCACCGCGCACUCGCCGAGACGAGCCUCGACGGCGGGCCGGAAGAAGAAGUGCUGCCCGAGGAAGAAGGGGAAGAAUCCGACGACGUAGGCGAGUUCGACUCGGAGGACGACCAGCCCCCGCCGUCGCUCGUGUCCGACAAGCGGAGCAGCAUGCACACGAGCGCCCCGGCGUCCGUGUACCUCGGGUCUGCGUCCAACCUGUCCACGCUGACCGUGACGGGCGCGACGGUAGUGACGACGACCGUGUCGGUGCGUUCGAGCGUGUCGGCGCCGUCUUCCCCGCCAAGCGGGACGACGACGCCGCCGCCGCCCUCGUCGCUGCAGGCGCCGCUGGCGCUACGUGACGCCGCGGCGGCCGCGACUGGCGCCACUGUCGACGCCAAGCAUCUCUCCGCGCUCGGUUUCGCGCUCGACAGCCGGCCGAGGCGCGCUAGCCUGCGCCCGCUCGGCAAGCGCCUCGUAGUGCACCGGAUAACGCACAGCCCGCGCGAGGAGGUCGCCGUCAGCGGCGAGGGCGACCCCAUGUUGUCGCCCCGCCUGCCGUCCACGCCGGAGAGCGCGCGUGAGGCGAGAGAGCGCGAGCGCGCCGACCGCGAGGACCAGUGGCGCAGAGUCAAGGACGAGAACGCCGCCGCGACCGCUGAGAGGACGCCGCGCCCGCCGUCGUGGUUGAAGGACGACUAA